AUGGACGGCAGCACAGGUUCCUCUAGCGCUCCCAUGGCCUCUGCCCCCGCCCAUGCCGCCUCGCAGCGCCCUGAACCAGCGGCCACCCCCGGAACCGGCGCUGACCUAAAUCUCGGAGGGCCCAGGCCUGCUGCUGCCGCUGCUGCCGACGACGCGCCAGCUCUGCCAGCGUUGACGCUCCCUCCCAUUGUGGCCCCCUCAUCCUACUUGCGAGUGAAGAAGCCUGUCGCCCCGAUCGCCAUGCCCUCCCCGCCCGAGACCAAGACACAAAGUCCUCUGGACCGCGAGCAGCGCGAGGGCCUAGAAGCAAUCCGCGAUUUUCUCAAAGUCCGCACCAGCUACGACGUGCUGCCAUUGUCCUUUCGCCUCAUCCUCCUCGACACCGACCUGCUCAUCAAAAAGAGCCUCAACAUUCUCCUCCAAAAUUCCAUCGUGUCUGCUCCGCUAUGGGACUCGCAAACAUCGCGCUUUGCUGGGCUCUUGACCAGUACCGACUACAUCAAUGUUAUUCAAUACCAUAUACAGUAUCCCGACGAGAUGAGCAAGCUCGAUCAGUUCCGUCUCCGCAGCCUGCGUGACAUUGAAAAGGCAAUCGGCGCCAGCCCGAUCGAAACACUCUCCGUCCAUCCGUCGCGCCCGUUAUUCGAAGCAUGCAAACAAAUGCUGAAAACCCGAGCGCGCAGAAUUCCGCUUGUCGACGUCGACGAUGAAACGGGCCGCGAAACUCUCAUCUCCGUCAUCACCCAAUAUCGUAUUCUGAAGUUCAUUGCCGUCAACAAUGCCGAUUACACUGUCAUGCUCAAAAAAACUGUACGAGAAAUCAAUCUCGGCUCCUACAAUGACCUCGUCACCUCGACGAUGGAUGCCACAGUGCUCGACGUGAUUCGUCUCAUGGUGGACGGCAACAUCAGCUGCAUUCCAAUUCUCGACAGCGAAGGACGAGUCCAAAACGCAUUUGAGGCGGUUGACGUUAUUCCGUGCAUCAAGGGCGGCGUGUACGAAGAUCUCGGUGGUUCCGUCGGAGAGGCUCUUUGUAAACGCCCAGACGACGCUCCAGGCAUCUACACCUGCAGCGAAGACGAUCGACUCGACUCCAUUUUUGACGCCGUUCGAAAGAGCAGAGUUCACAGACUCAUCGUCGUCGAUGAUGAUAACAAGCUCAAGGGCGUUAUUUCUCUUUCGGAUAUCAUGAAAUAUGUAUUAGGUGAAGACGAGGACGAGGACGAGGUUCAAAAGCAAUGA